AGCCAGCUACAUUGACCAUCAAUGUAAUGCUGUCGUGGGUGCCACAACCCACAAAUCCAAAUCAUUUCAAUCCAACGGCUCAGAUAUCAUAAUCUUGAAUUUCAGAUUCAUUUGAUCUGAAUUUAAUGUUUCAUUUCUCGUAUUUUAAACCAGAGGGGAGGGCCGGCAUCUCAUUUCCAGACACAGUCCACAUUAUCUCCCAGAGAGUCUCUCGGAGAGAAUCACUCAACAAUUUUACACCAACUCCUCGCAGAUAACAUUAAGUGAUGGCAGAAGCAGAGGAUAUCCAGCCCCUCGUUUGCGACAAUGGAACGGGAAUGGUCAAGGCUGGAUUUGCUGGGGAUGAUGCUCCAAGAGCUGUCUUUCCGAGUAUAGUGGGGCGCCCUCGCCACACUGGAGUUAUGGUUGGCAUGGGCCAGAAGGAUGCUUAUGUUGGUGACGAGGCUCAAUCAAAGAGAGGUAUUUUGACCCUUAAGUAUCCGAUUGAGCAUGGUAUUGUCAGCAACUGGGAUGAUAUGGAGAAGAUUUGGCAUCAUACCUUCUACAACGAGCUUCGUGUGGCCCCAGAAGAGCAUCCCAUCCUCUUGACGGAGGCCCCUCUCAACCCAAAGGCCAAUCGUGAAAAAAUGACUCAAAUCAUGUUUGAGACCUUCAACACCCCUGCGAUGUAUGUCGCUAUUCAGGCUGUUCUCUCCCUCUAUGCCAGUGGUCGUACAACUGGUAUUGUUCUCGACUCUGGGGAUGGUGUGAGCCAUACAGUUCCAAUCUACGAGGGUUAUGCUCUCCCCCAUGCAAUCCUCCGUCUUGAUCUUGCUGGUCGUGAUCUCACCGACAGCCUCAUGAAGAUCCUCACGGAACGUGGCUACAUGUUCACGACUACAGCAGAGCGGGAAAUUGUGAGGGACAUUAAGGAGAAAUUAGCCUACAUUGCCCUCGACUAUGAACAAGAGCUGGAAACUGCAAAGACGAGCUCUGCUGUGGAGAAGAACUACGAGCUGCCUGAUGGACAGGUGAUCACUAUCGGAGCUGAAAGGUUCAGAUGCCCCGAGGUCCUCUUCCAGCCCUCAAUGAUCGGGAUGGAAGCUGCUGGCAUUCACGAAACCACCUACAACUCCAUCAUGAAGUGUGAUGUUGAUAUCAGGAAGGAUCUGUACGGUAACAUCGUCCUUAGUGGUGGCUCGACCAUGUUCCCAGGUAUUGCUGACCGGAUGAGCAAGGAGAUCACAGCUCUUGCCCCGAGCAGCAUGAAGAUUAAGGUGGUGGCUCCACCGGAGAGGAAGUACAGUGUCUGGAUUGGAGGGUCCAUCCUGGCUUCUCUCAGCACGUUCCAGCAGAUGUGGAUUGCCAAAGCAGAAUAUGAUGAGUCCGGCCCUUCAAUCGUUCACAGAAAAUGCUUCUAAAAAAUCGAACUCUUCGUUCGCUGCUUUACUUGAAGAGGUUAUACAUCAUAUGAUCUGCCUAAGCUCUUCUCCGUCAUUUGGUUUCUUCCGGUUUUGUCCGUUUAUCGAGUCGUCAUCAUGGUCUACGUCUGGGAAUUUUAAGUUUGGACAUGGAAAUAUUUUCAUUUUUUUUGGGUUCCAUAUUUAUAUUAGUUUGUAGCAGACUUGUGCUUUUCUUUUGGUACUAUGGUUUGAGUUUUGGAUGAAGAGCACAUACUGUAAGUUUAUUUUAUUAUGGAAUUCUUAAUGUCAAGAUUCAAUCUUUGCCUUU